AUGCUUUUCCACAAAGCAUUGAUUGCAUCCCUUCUGGGAGCUGCAGGUACCUCAGCAGCACGUAUAGUUGCAACAGAUGAAGUUCCCCUGAUCGGGCCAUCGUUCAUCUCGAACUUCGAUCCCUCUGGAUCAGUCGCGAUUCGAAAGGCUAGAUCAGAGCUCCCCGGCCUAGUCGAUAACCUCUUCAAAACCAAUGUUCUCAAUCGCACCGAUUUGGCCAUUUCUAUUGAUAUCUUUUCGGCGGCAACCAACGAUAGUCUUUACAGAUAUACGCACGUUGGAGGGAAUUCAAAGAAGUCUCUGACUGCUGGGACCCUCAAUGACAAGACUAUAUCCCGAACCGGAAGUGUGACGAAGCUUUUCACCGUCUAUGCAAUCCUCGCCAAGGCCGGUAUAGAAGUGUUCAGCCAUCCCGUUACGAAGUAUCUGCCUGAGCUUGGGGGUAAUUCUUCCAGUGAUCCUUUGGAGAGAAUCCGCUGGGAAGAUAUUACUGUUGGUGCCCUAGCAUCUCAGCAGGCUGGCUCGGGGGGCAUUGGUGACUUUUUCUUGAAGUAUGCAAACCCGGAUGACCCACUGAACUACUCGUCCGAAGACUUCCUAAACUUCAUGCGGGAUGAAAAAGCGCCUGUUAUUUCUCCAUUCCGAAAUGCUAUCUAUUCCGACGGCGGCUUUGCUGUUCUGGGUCAGGUCCUCGCGCGCAUGACGGGGAAGACCUUCACAGAGGCAAUCCAAGAGACUCUCUUUGACCCGCUGGACUUGGAUAGCAUGUCAACGAAGGUGCCAAAGGGCUCCGGCCUGAAUGUCAUCGAUCGGUCCAUCAUCGAUAAGAACUCAUCAUGGGGUCUCGACCUCGAAAUCGUUGCUUCGACUGGGAGUAUUUACGCCAACGGCGAAGACCUUCGUACUGCAGGACUUUCUAUUUUGAACUCCGAGAUCCUGUCCGCAGCCACAACAUCAGAAUGGAUGAAGCCACGCAGUGGAACAGGCUCCUUAGUCGAGCUCGUCGGAGCACCGUGGGAGAUCUCACGCCUCGAGAUCCCCGUUACCCCAGGAUCAAACCGCACCCGCAUUUCAGAUCUAUACACCAAAGCCGGCGGUAACGGGGACUACACAUGCAUCUUCGCCCUGUCACCAGACCAAGGAAUUGGAUACUCAAUCCUAGUUGCCGGUUCAACAGCUUCGUCAGCUCGCUGGCCCCUACGUGACAUGGUUGGAGAGACGUUUAUCCAAGCAGCCGAACACGCCGCAGUAGAGAAUGCUAAGCGCAACCUUGCCGGAACAUUCGUGGAUGCGGCCUCUCCUGGUACAAAUCUUACUCUGACUGUCGAUAAGGGGCGUCCUGGCCUUGGACUGAAAGUAUUCUGGGUCAAAGGCGUCAACGGAGUCGAUAAUGCGCACGUGCGCUUAUAUCCGACUGGACUUAACUCCUUUUCGAAGUCUCUUUCAUCUCUGUAUAAGAGUAAGGGUACGAUGCGCGUUGCGCACCGUAUGGUUGUGCCUGAGAUUCCGUUAGAGCCUCGUGCUGCUGUUGAAGGUGGCAAGGGUGGCUUGUUUGAUAAUUCGUUUGCAUGGAUGAACCUUGAUUUUGCUGGGCCAUCUGAUAAGUUCAUUUUCAACUUGGUUGAUGGAAGACUCGUCAGUGUUGAGAUUCCACUUGCUGGAUUGGUACUGAAGAGAGUGGACUAA